AUGUCAUCACAGGUCAACGCACUGCAGUUGCGACCUUAUUAUGACCAUGACUCAUUUGAUGCCGGUUAUUCCGUGAUAUUCAAGACCGGAGUUGGGUUGGUAGAUACCCAAACUAACAAACCAAUAACGGCAAAAUUUUCUGCUAGCGCUAUUGACCGAGCAAUCAAUAAAGGAGGAUCCGGAUCAGGAGUAUUACUGAAAUCGUUAGGAAGAACUGGUGGUGGGAUUGGAAUUGGAUUUUCUGGUGAUAGCCAUGGUGGUGCUGGAAUGUUUAAGGACAAGAAUUAUAUUUACGAUUUAGAAUUUAAUGAAUACUUUGAUCUUCAUAACUUGGCAGAAUUAUUUAAGAACUUAUUUUGGAAUUUCAUCAAGAAUUAUACCAAGGUAUUGUUAUCACAACCAUUGGAAAUUGUGAGAUUGGUAUUACAAGUGGGGAAGUUUGAAUUUGUAAGUCCAGAAAAGAAACUCACACCAGAUUUGUCUGAAUCAAGAAGAUUGUUGGCUGAAGAUAUGGGUGAGUUUUCAUCACCUGCUCCUUAUACUACAGAAGAAGAAGAUGACGAUGUGAUUGAUUACUUCCAAAGCAAUAUUGAACAACUGGUUUGGUCAAAUGAACAAUCGAGACAAUCUCUCGAUACUUCUGAAGUGAGAAAGAAAAAGAAAAGUAAACGUAGAUCAGGGUCACGAAUUAACAAAAUCCAACCUAAAUCUAUACAUACCGUGGAUAUAAUGUCGGCAAUUGUAAAUAAAGAUGGACCAUUUGCAUUAUUCCGGGGUAUUAACGCUUCAUUUAUUUAUCAAACCUUGUCACACACAAUUGAAGCAUGGAUCACUGGAUUUAUUUCGCCAUUCUUGGGUAUUCCUGAUCCAUUUUUCCUUGAUUUAACCCAUUCUAAUGAUCCAUUCAAAUCCUUGUGGCUUUCAGUAUCUGCUUGUGUUUUAACAGGAUUGAUAUUAGUACCAUUAGAUUUAAUCAGAGUGAGAUUGAUGGUUACACAAUUUAUCGGUGAUUUAAAAGAACAAGAAGAUGAAAUCACACAAUUAGUGGAACAAACUAUUCAAUCAACCAGAUCAGUAAGAGAAUCAAUACGGAAUUUCCCCGUAUAUUACUUGUCUCAUCCACCAACUCCCGUUGUUUUCCUUACUAUAUUGCAUCAAUUUUCAAUAAGUAUAUUCCGCAAAAUAGCUCCAUAUAUCUUAUUCAUCAAGUUCAAUAUUGAUUCUUAUUCGUCGCCAAACAUUUACACAUUUGUCAAUUUAAUUUCCUUAAUUAUGGAGUUUUUUAUUAAAUUACCUGUGGAGAAUUUGUUACGUAAAGAACAAGUACGUUUCUUGUUAACUUCAAAGCCAGAAGAUGUAAUGAAGGUAAUUACAAUUGAAAAUCCUCAAGAGAACUUGAUUGUUGAAUUUAAUGGAAAAGUCAACGAAGCAGAACAAGAUGAAGAUACACCUUCAACUUUCUUGGAAAGAGUUAAACAAAUGGGAUUGUUUAAUGGUUGGAGAGUGGGUGUGCUUAAUGUUAUUGGUUUCUGGGGUUAUAACAUCUUAAAGAAUGAUGGAACUGAAUUGAAAGAAGAAAGGCUAUAA